GGCUCUGUGCCAUCGUCCACUACCUUGUCAGCGGGCAGCUGGGCUGGUUCGGGCUGACCAUCGCCUGCGUGGUGCCCGGCUACGUGGCUCAGCUCCUCAGCAUCCUCUGGUUCAGGGUGGACGGCCGCCCGCCUGGCUGCUGGCUCCUGAUGCUCCAUCUCCUGCAGCUGGGCCUCUGGAAGCGGUACUGGGAUGUUUUUCGAACGACAGCAAAGGCGGGCUGCAGCGCCUGUGCUGGGGAGGUGCUGACGCAGCACGGGGAUGUGUGUGUGCUGCGGCUCCUGGAAGCCCUGCUGCAGACCCUGCCUCACCUCCUGCUGCAGGCCUACGUCGUCGUGGCAGUCGACCCAGCAGGCUUUGUCCCCGGUGUCAGCGCAGGGCUGUCCCUGCUCUCCCUUGCCUGGGCUUUGGUCUCCUACAGCCACUUCGCCUGCCUGCUGAAACCCGGACACCUCUGCCCGCCGGCCGCGGCCAUCCUCUGCCUGCUGCUCUGGAGGACGGGGAUGCUGGGGACCAGGGUCCUGGCCCUGGUACUCUUUGCCAGGCUCUACUCCUUCUGGGUUUUUGCUGUGGCAGGUGUCCACUGGCUGUUCAUGUCCUUCUGGCUGGUGGCCCAGCAGACGGACAUCGUGGCCAAGCCCUGCCGCUGGAGGCUCUUCAAUUGCCUGGUGGGAGCCGUGUACAUCUUCUGCUACAUUAAUGUCCGGCCCGGUCCCUCCAAGCACAGGGUGGCCGUGUUUUAUGCCAUAAUGGUGAUGGAAAACACCCUCCUGCUGCUGCUGGCCACCCGGUUCCUGCAGGCAGAGCUGAGGAACAGCCUGUGCGUGACCGGGGCCAUCAUGUCAGGGUCUGUAAUAGGUGCCGCAGCUCUGGUGGUUUAUUACAGCCUGCUCCAUCCCAAAUGCACAGAGAUCUGGCAGGGCUUCCUGGAGACAACCUGCAGUGCUGCGGCUACCGGUGAUGAUGAGGUUGAUGGAGACAGCUCCCAAGCUGGGCAGAGCUUGGGGAUUUCAGGAGAUGGAGAGGCCUUGGCCAGGGAAGGGACCACGGCAGAUCCCAAAAACGGGAACAGCUCACCGCUCCCGCAAUUCGGAGGGUGUUUGGAGGAUGGCUGGACAAACCAUCACCACUGGCUGCUGGUAAAGCUGGCCUUGAAGACAGGAGAUAUGUCCACGAUCAAUGCUGCUUUUGGAGAUGGUGGCAUGGGAGAAGUUUACCCUGGAGGAUGGGUGAUGGGGAAACCCGCCGGUGUUGAGCCUGGAGCAAGCCCUUCCCUCCCCACGAGGGAAAUGGGUCCUCGGGGUGCUGAAUCUGGUCUGACUGAUGAGAAAUUGCAGGCGGCGGGGAACGGAGGAGGCGGCAAACCCAGCACCGGCGCUGUGAGAACGGGACGGGAGGACGGAGCAGGGCAGGAGCCUGAUUUUCACCCAGCCGUAUCCUUUCCCAGCAGUUUCUCCCCGGAUCCAGCCAAGGGCUCCUCUGUGUAUUUCAGCGCGAGCGCAGGAGGCAUCACCUCUCCUGGCAUGGUGACAACCACAGCUACGUCCAUGGCCCUGGUGCAAAGGGACGGCGAAGGCCAGCCUCCUCCAGGCUGCCUGGGAGAAGGAGGAGGAGGAGGAGGAUGGGAUUUAUCCAUUGGGAUGGCGAGCAUCAGCCCAAUCCUGGGCGCUUGUGCCCACGAGCAUCUGUGGAGCAGCUCUUCCCUUGGUGGCACAGGUGGCUGUGGGGCGGUGGGUCCCCCCAAAGAGGACUCGGAACCCGUAGGGCUGGAGGGUGCCCUCGUGGGGUGGCAUCACCUUCAGGACACCCAUGCUUGUGACACAAAAGGGACUGUCAUGAGGAGCAAGCUGAGGCCACCGUGCUUCACCUCCACCCCCAAGGCUGACCCUAGAUGCCCACAGCGAGGACUGGGGGAGCUGGGAGAGGGGACAGACCUGUCUGGGUUGCUGGAGUGA